AUGGCCGCUCCGCCACGGCUCGUCCCGGGAUCCUCCCUGCGCGGCUCCGCCUCCGCCGGGAACCCGGAUCGGGGCGGCAGAGCCGGCACCGCCCGGCACGGCCGGGAUCGGGAUCGGCGCUUGCGGCACCGUCCGGCGCCAUCGGGAUCGGCUCUCCCGGCACUGCCCGGCACGGCCGAGAUCGGGAUCGGUCCCUGCGGCACCGCCCGGGACUCCCGGAUCACGUUGCAGACGGACCAGCAGGCAGAAGCCCGUGCCUUCCUCAGCGAGGAGAUGAUUGCAGAGUUCAAAGCCGCCUUCGACAUGUUCGAUGCUGACGGCGGUGGAGACAUCAGCACCAAGGAGUUGGGGACAGUGAUGAGAAUGCUGGGCCAGAACCCCACCAAAGAGGAGUUGGAUGCCAUCAUUGAGGAGGUGGACGAGGAUGGCAGCGGCACCAUCGACUUCGAGGAGUUCUUGGUCAUGAUGGUGCGCCAGAUGAAAGAGGAUGCCAAAGGCAAGUCUGAGGAGGAGCUGGCCAACUGCUUCCGCAUCUUUGACCGGAAUGCAGAUGGGUUCAUUGACAUCGAGGAGCUGGGUGAGAUCCUGAGGGCCACCGGGGAGCCUGUCACUGAUGAGGACAUAGAGGACAUGAUGAAGGACUCAGACAAGAACAAUGACGGUCGCAUUGACUUUGAUGAGUUCCUGAAGAUGAUGGAGGGUGUGCAGUAA